CAAGAAAUUCUAUAAUAUGCUACUAGGAUCUGAGUUGCACUUACCGAUUACCCGGAAAUGGCGGAAAUUGCCCUAAUUCCUGGAUUUCAGCUGUUACUAAUCUUACUUAGUCUACACUCCUCAUUUCAUUUUGCUGUUUCAGAGGUUAUUUUUGAAGAGAGAUUUGAAGAUGGUUGGGCAAGUCGUUGGGUCAAGUCCGAUUGGAAGAGGAGUGAAGGAAAAGCUGGUUCAUUUAAACACACAGCAGGAACAUGGUCUGGUGAUCCUGACGAUAAAGGUCUUAUGACAUCUACUGAUGCCAGGCAUUUCGCAAUAUCUGCGAAGAUACCAGAGUUUUCAAACAAAAACAGAACUUUGGUGGUCCAAUAUUCUAUAAAGUUAGAGCAAGACAUCGAAUGUGGUGGUGGUUAUAUUAAGCUUCUUUCAAGUUAUGUCAAUCAGAAGAAAUUUGGUGGUGAUACCCCUUACAGUUUAAUGUUUGGGCCAGAUCUAUGUGGUUCACAGACGAAGAAGCUCCAUGUUAUACUUUCCUACCAAGGGCAGAAUUAUCCUAUCAAGAAGGAUCUACAGUGUGAAACUGACAAGUUAACACAUUUUUAUACAUUCAUACUGAGGCCUGAUGCCAGUUAUAGUGUUUUGGUUGAUAAUCGAGAAAGAGAAUCGGGAAGCAUGUACACAGAUUGGGAUAUCCUUCCUCCUCGCAGGAUUAAAGAUGUCACUUCGAAAAAGCCGAAAGACUGGGAGGAGAAGGAGUAUAUCGAUGAUCCUGAUGAUGUUAAACCCGAGGGCUAUGACUCCAUUCCAGCCGAAAUUCCUGAUCCAAAAGCUAAAGAGCCUGCUGACUGGGAUGAAGACGAAGAUGGUAUAUGGAGAGCACCAAAGAUACCUAACCCUGCUUACAAAGGACCAUGGAAGCGCAAGAAAAUCAAGAACCCCAAUUACAAAGGAAAGUGGAAGACUCAAUGGAUAGAUAACCCAGAGUUUGAAGAUGAUCCUGAUCUUUACGUGCUAAAGCCAAUCAAGUAUGUCGGGAUUGAAGUUUGGCAGGUGAAAGCUGGCUCAGUUUACGACAACAUUUUGAUUUGCGAUGACCCAGAGUAUGCAAAACAAGUUGCACAGGAAGUCUUUGACAAGAAUAAAGAGGCUGAAAAAGAAGCCUUUGAGGAAGCAGAGAAAGUAAGAAGAGCUCGUGAAGAAGAGGAAGCUCAACAAGCAAGAGAAGAGGGUGAAAAAAGGAGGAGAGAGAGGGGUCAUGACCGAAGAUACAGAGACAGGGAACAUGCUAGGGAUAAAUACAGAAGGCAUGAUCGCCGUGAUUACAUGAAUGAUUACCAUGAUGAACUCUGAGUUCUGGUGUUCCCAUGAAAGUGAAAUAAAUAAUAUCCAGUCUCAAACCACCGUUCUGAAUCAGCAUUGUUCCACUAAAACUUAUGGUGCAAAAUUGUUGUUGUAACAUUAGUAGUACUUAAAUCGAUUCAUGUCUAUCUGAAUUGCGCUUUUUAUCAACUGGUACCUUAAACAACUCCACUGUAUUGCCACUCUGAUUAAUCCACAGUCAAUUAUUUUGGUUGAGCA